AUGCAAACUAUUGAAAGAUAAAAAAUAGAUGAUUUGCUAAAUAAUAAUAUGGUUGACGAAGCUUUGAAUUAUAUAAAUGAUUCUUUAAAUUUGUGCCCUAAUUCUGCUUCUGCUUAAACAUUAACAUUAAGAGGUAAUUAUCUCUGAAAUUCUAAUAGGAAAAAUCUUAUUAAUCAAAAAGUUAUAUGAUGAAGCAAUCAUUAAUUUGAAUUAGGCUAUUGAAUUAAACCCAUUUAUAGAAGAAUCAUUUUAUCUUAGAUGUAAAUUUGUUUUAUAAUUUAAAGCAAAAUGGUUUAUAAAAAAAAAAAUGUGGAAGGAAGCACAUGAAGAUUGUGAACGUGCUCUUAAAUUAAAUCCAAAUUAUGCUUUGGCAUAUGCAGGAUUGGGUAUAAUGAUAAAUAAUAAUUAGGGAUAUUGAUGGUAAAAUAAAGUAAAAAUCAUGAUGGACUUAUCUUUUUUAAAUAAGCCAUAGAAUUAGAUAAUAAUUGUUGCUUAGCUUAUUUUAAUUUAGGUUUUAAGGUUUUUUUAUUAUUUAGGGAAUCUAUAUUUUCAAAUUGAUAAUUAUGAUCCGGCAUUAAGAAAUUUAAAUAAGGCUAUUUAAAUUGAUGAAAAAUUUGCUAAUGCUUAUGAAAAAAGAGGUUUCAAUUGA